UCAAGGCAGCUGCAGCCACAGUUGAGAAGCACCUGGGGGGCUCGGGGCUGACCCUGCUCAUCAACAAUGCUGCAAUUGUCAGGAAUGCUAAUCUUGAUGAUGAGACCCUGGAGAACAUGACAGAGAUCUACACCACCAACACCAUUGGGCCCCUGCUGAUGGGCCAGGCAUUCCUGCCCUUGCUGAAGAAGGCUGCCCAGGGGAGCCCAGGCUCAGCACUGAGCUGCAGCAAGGCAGCCAUCAUCAACAUCUCCAGCACUGGUGGCUGUAUUACUUCUCCUGGAAUUUUUGAUCUGAUGCCUGUUAUCUCCUACCGCUGCAGCAAGACUGCUCUCAACAUGCUGACCAAGUGCCAGUCCCUGGGGUACCGGGAGCACGGCAUCCUCUGCGUUGCUCUGCAACCUGGCUGGGUGCAAACCGAGUUGGGGAGCUCCGGCGGGUACCAGCCCCCAGUGACAGUGGAUGCCAGCGUGCAAGGGAUGCUGAAGGUGCUCUCCUCCCUCUCUGAGAAGGACACUGGCACCUUCCUGGACUGGGAAGGGAAUGUGUUGCCCUGGUAAGAUGCCAGCCCAGCCUGCUGGC